GGCUACCAUCGGCAACGCCACAUUUCUUUGUUAACUCAAUUAAACUUCACUUUUUUCGGUUCCAGGUGCAGGUGCAGUCCAGGGUGCGUCUUGACCAUCUGUCUUUGUUCUGUGACUCACUCACUCUCAUCUUGAUACAAUAAACCUCGACUCUUCCACAAAUACUCAACAGACCUCAUAUAGACACUACAACACACUGAUCAAGUCGGGCACUUGAUUCUUUUCUUUUGUGCGGUUGGCUCCGCCCAGUUUUGAAUCUGUCGUCUCGCUCAUCCCACCUCUUACACACAAAAUGGCUUCAUCUUCCUCUGCCGGCUGGGAACCCUCUUCAUGGCGCUCAAAGCCCAUCAAGCAAUCGCCCAACUACCCUGACGCAGAGCCUCUCGCCAAGGCUGUUGAGGAACUCACGCAACUUCCUCCUCUGGUCCAUCCCAAUGAGAUCAUUGCCCUCAAAGCUCAUCUUCGCGAUGUCGCACAAGGAAAUGCCUUCCUUCUCCAAGGUGGCGAUUGUGCUGAGCUCUUUGAUUAUUGUCGCCAGGGCCCUAUUGAGAGUAAAAUCAAAUUGCUACUGCAAAUGAGUGUUGUUCUCAUUUGGGGAACAAACAAGAGAGUUGUGCGAAUUGGUCGAAUGGCUGGGCAGUAUGCGAAGCCGCGUUCUAGUCCUACUGAGAUGGUCGAUGGAAAGGAAGUCCCUAGCUUCAAGGGCGAUAUCAUCAAUGGCUUCCGUCUUGAAGAUCGAGAGAUCGAUCCUAACCGCCUUGUGAAAGCCUAUCACCACUCUGCUGCCACUCUGAACUACAUUCGCGCUGCUCUCGCCUCUGGCAUCGCUGAUCUUCAUCGACCUCUUGACUGGGGUCUCGGACAUGUGAGAGACCCGGAGCUCAAGGAGAAGUACUCAGCUAUUGCCUCAAGUAUUCAACAGACCCUGCGCUUCCUGCAGGUCAUCAAUGCUCGUCCCGGAGAACUCGAUUCCGUCGAGCUUUUCACCAGUCAUGAAGGUCUUCUUCUCGACUAUGAGCAGUCUUUGACUCGUUUGCUUGAGAAGCCUACUGCCAGAACCUCAAGCCCUACUCCUGCAGCUGACGACGGUGAGAAGAAGGAGUACUAUGAUACCUCUGCGCAUUUUAUCUGGAUUGGUGACCGUACUCGCCAGAUCGAUCAUGCCCACGUUGAGUUCUUCCGCGGAAUUGCCAACCCAAUUGGUAUCAAAGUCGGUCCUACAACACCAGCCUCAGACCUUCUUUCUCUCCUUCGCACGUUGAACCCCUCUCGCGAGCCUGGCAAGAUCACCCUCAUCACUCGUUACGGUGCUGCCAAGGUGCGCGAUCUCCUCCCCACGCAUAUUCGCGCGGUUGAGGACUCCGAGUACCGUCGUACGGUUGUCUGGCAAUGCGACCCCAUGCACGGCAACACACUAUCCACACCCACAGGCAUCAAGACACGUCGUUUCGGCGAUAUCUACCGUGAGCUUGAGGAGACACUACGCAUUCACAAAGAGGAGGGUAGCAACCUUGGUGGUAUGCACCUCGAGCUCACUGGUGAUGCUGUUACAGAGUGUUUGGGUGGCAGUGAGGGAUUGGAUGAGGAUGAUUUGUCGACAAACUACACUAGUUUCUGUGACCCAAGACUCAACGAGAAGCAGGCUCUCGAGUUGGCCUUCCUGGUUGCGGAUCAUUUCUCUAGGGAGAACAAGGCACGAUCGGCCUGAGCAUAUGAGUGACACUAAAGUUUGACAUGACGAAAAUGUACAUUGGAACAAAAUAGGAGCAGUAAAUAUCAUGGUAGCAACUUGGGAAUAAGCAGAAAAAUGAGACAUUGAAACACUUGGAUGCGUGUGAGGAAUCUUGAGUGAUAAACACAGCACUGACGACAGUGAUCUUGUGAUUUGGUGCCUUCUUUCAUCUCUAAUCUAAGCAUAUGGGCUUGUCUUUCAAAACACAAGUUAAUUCACAUCAUGUCCAUCUCAAAUUAUUGUGCUGCCG